AUAAAUGUACCAUAAACACUCAACUGAUUAUUGAUCAACUGGUGUCGAUAAAAUUCAAGAAUUACUACCAGUGCUAAUAAUGUCAACAUGAUUUAAUGUUUCGAUGAACUCACAAAAUUAUUAGCAAUAAGUUUACAAUGGACAUCAUGCGGGUAGAAAUAUCAUGAAGAACGUGAACAGGAGCUUUCAAAACAAAUCCGAUUUUGGUACUCGUUGCUUUGAAAACAGUGCUGUGUAACGUCUCAAUUUGUGGCGGAAUAACAGCUGUUACGACAAUGUCGUUUAUCAGCAUAAUUAGAAAUUCAAUAACAAAACGCCUAAUCCAACAAACUGGCUAUCAAGUUGAAAAACAAGCCCUUCCAGCAGAAUCUCUAGUCCGAAACAUAUGGGGCUAUGUGGCCAUUGCCUUCAAUCAAGUGGAUGCAGAUCGUUUGGCAAAAGUCGGUCCAAAUCGUCUCUGUGCCGAAUGGAUAAUUAAGAAUGGUGGCGGAGUACGCAUUGUCGAUAAUCCAGGUAGACUAUGGAAGGACUACAACAUGCUACCAGCGGAAACAACCAAGUUUCAGAUUAAAGUGGUUGACGCAUCAAAUGCUUCAAUCAUGAAAAUUGGUCUAGAGCACUUUAUUGGUUGUAAACAAAUCGACACCGUCAUUUUUCACAAUUGUAAGCAUCUCGAGAACGAUGGUCUUAUCGGUCUCACACAUUUAACCGAUUCCCUGACGCGCCUUCAGAUCUCCGGAUGCUACAAUAUUAGAGACUCUGAUCUAGAUGUCAUCGGCGAAUUGUCCAAUCUUAAACAGUUAGCCAUCUUUGAUAUGAAGUAUGUCAAAGACAUGGAUAAGGUUGCUGCAAGCUUAAAGUCCAAGCUGCCACAUUGUGAAAUGCAGUUCCAAAAAGAGUAAUCUUCUGUGAUCCAUUUUGAGAAAUAAACUUUGCAACUUUAAAAGGAA